AUGAUAGGUCUCGGAUGGUGGCGUGCACUCGCACAACGAACCAGCUGUGCGCGCUGCUCGAGACCGCGAAAGAGGUCGGCGUCCCGAGCGUCUACGUCCACUUCUUCAUCGAUUGCGCGGCACAUCGCGCCCCGCUCGGCCGGAGGAUACGUCAAGGAGCUCCUCGCAUUCAUCGAGAAGGAGAAGCACGGUCAGAUCGCGACUGCUGUGGGUCGCUACUAUGCAAUGGACCGCGACAAGCGUCAGUGGGAGCGCAUCAAGAUUGCCGUGGAUGACCUCGUGAAAGGCUUGGGCCAGAAGGGCAGGACGUCGUGA